AUGUCAUACUCCCAAAUUCCACAGGAGCCUCUGUCACAGCCUCCAGCCUAUAGCAACUCGGUGCCUUCUUCUCCCUAUGGAGACCCUUCGGGGGCCAGGUCCGAGGGCGAUAACAUCCCUGACGACUUUAAGUACUCCCUGAACGUGGCAGCUUGUGAAUUGCCCAUUCGUCAGAUGUUUAUUAGGAAGGUGUAUGCAAUUUUGUCGUUGCAAAUUCUUGCCACUGUUGCUGUGGGUUUUUUUAUCAAGCUGAGUUCGGGUGUUCAGAACUGGUGUUUGAACAACCAAUGGCUCUUUUGGGUAUCAUUUAUUGGUGCUUUUGGAUUCAUGAUUGGUGCCCAUGUUAAGGCCCGUUCUUAUCCUACUAACUUGAUUUUACUUGCGGGCUUUACAUUGUGUGAGGCGUACAUCGUUGGUCUUGGUUGUUCUUUAGACAAGUCCGAGAUUCUUGUAAAGGCAGCCCUUGUUACUGGUGUGAUAUUUAUUGGCUUGACAGCAUUCGCUUUCCAGACCAAGUAUGACUUCAGAAGCUGGCAAGGUGCUUUGGGAAUGGGUUUGUGGGCCCUUAUCGGAUGGGGCUUGGUUAUGAUGUUCUUCCCUGGUUCCGAAACCGUUAACAUGGUCUACUCUGGCCUCGGUGCCUUGCUCUUCAGUGCCUACAUUGUGGUGGACACUCAGCUUAUUAUGAAGUCUAUGCACCUUGAUGAUGAAGUUCCUGCUGCCAUCAAGCUCUACUUGGACAUCUUGAACCUUUUCUUGUUCAUUCUCAGAAUGAUGCGUAACUCUGAUGAUUAG